UGACAUCUGAGGCAUCGCUCAAGAAUUUAACGUGGCCAAUCAGCGAACGAGAGGCGGGCUUGGUCGUUGUCAAAAGGAACGAGGAGCGCGCAGACGUUAAGGACGAGCAGAUUGGAGGAUACACCUGUAGGACGGCGACAGGUGAGCCUGACCGCGAGGAGUUCAGGUUGCGUCUCAGCAGCAGGGCUGAAGAACUAGAGGAAUCUCAUCUGGAAAUGGAAUUUUUUAAUAUCAAGUCCUCAGCUGCACUCAUUUUUGAUGAGUUCUUUCAAAAUGCAGACUCACGGACGGAGAACUGGUUGCUUAUGUCAUCUCCGCUCCCUCAAACGAUCAUCAUUGCAGCAUACAUUUACUUUGUCACGUCGUUGGGGCCUCGGAUAAUGGAGAACCGCAAAGCCUUUGACCUCAAAGGAGUUCUUGUUGUCUACAACUUUGGUGUGGUGGCUCUCUCGCUUUACAUGUGCUAUGAGUUUGUGAUGUCUGGAUGGGGAACAGGAUACUCUUUCAGAUGUGACUUGGUGGAUUACUCUGAUUCACCACAGGCUAUGAGGAUGGCGGCAACAUGCUGGCUUUUCUACUUCUCAAAGUUCAUUGAGAUGUGGGACACAAUUUUCUUUGUCCUGAGGAAGAAGAACAGCCAGGUGACAUUUCUUCAUGUCUACCACCACUCCAUCAUGCCAUUCACUUGGUGGUUUGGUGUUCGUUUUGCUGCAGGUGGUCAGGGGACAUUCCACGCGCUGCUGAACUGUGUUGUUCAUGUUAUCAUGUACACAUACUACGGCCUGACUGCAAUGGGCCCCAACUACCAGAAGUACCUAUGGUGGAAGAAAUACCUCACUACCAUUCAGCUGAUCCAGUUUGUCAUGGUAACCAGCCACAUCUCCCAGUAUUUCUUCAUGAAGGACUGCCCGUACCAGUUCCCCAUCUUCAUCUACAUCAUCGCCCUGUACGGCCUGAUUUUCUUGUUUCUUUUUCUCAACUUCUGGUACCAUGCCUACACCAAGGGCAAAAGGCUGCCUAAAGUGUUGCAGGCUCAGACAUGGUCACACCACACAAACGGCGUCAUGAGUGGAAAUGCUGGUCAUGAGAAAGAUGAGUGACACAGGACUUGGCUCAUCAAGAGGUUUCGGGGUUGACCUCACUUGCGUAAGCAAACCACUGUGGCAAUCUGAGAUUGAAAUCCAAUUUUGUUUGGAUUGUUUUUUUUUUGUUUGUUUUUUUUUUGGUUGCAGUUUUACUUGCGAUUACAGAAGACAAUCUUUAAAUUAUGACCAAAGCCAUGUUUGAGGUUUAUUGACCCCAAGGUGAGGGUUUUAUUUUUGUUUACACUAAAGGUAAAUUCCAAGUUCUGUGAAAUGUCCAGAUAUCAUCCAAUUUUCUAUUACAACAUGACCCCCUUAAAAUGUGUCAAACUGUAUAUACUGACUAUAUUGCUUCACCUAUGGUAAGAUUGCAGGGCUCUUGGCUGUACACUCACACUGGACCUCCUGAAAAAGCUUUUAAUGCUGUGAUUUAGUUUUUUACUUUGCUACUCAGACUUAGGAAAUCCACUUACAUUUUCUUAAGCUGUGCACUGAAAAGUUGGGGACUGUUUUAUUUCACUAGACCUAUGAUGACCGCUCUGAGGUGACCUUUAAAAUGGUGUUACAAUGUCCUGUUGUGCAUGUGAUUGCUGCAUGCACAACAGGACAGUUUUUGUUUUGAUCACACAUGCAUGCCCACCUCUUUGUGGCCUUAAUCGCAGCUGCUGCUGAUGGUGCACACUUUUCAGCGGAAAGAGCUAUCUGCCUACAAUGUCAUCACUUUGUAAUGACUUAUUUCUCUUAUGAAGCAAUGGUGCGACGGAUACCGGUGAGGUGAGGUCUUGAACGAUCCAGAGCAGAGCUUUAUCUAAAGUUUUACUACUACUUGAGGCAUUGAAAAAUACUGUAUUAUGGGACCACAGUACGCACAACAAAUUAUUUAGCCAACCAGCAGAAAACAUGAGCAACCAUACUUGUCUGCUUUGAAUGUUUUGGUUUGUGUGUUGAAACUCUGUGGCUACUGAGGUCUUCAGAUGGAUGGGGUAGCCUUUGGAAUGAGGUCUGGAGUUUGAUAUCUGGUUAUGAUGAUCUUGAACUAAAAAGUGAGUAACUCUGCUCCUUUGACUGAGGACAAAGGAUCAAGCUUAGUGUGGAAAUUGUUUCCACAUUUUUGUUCAAAUGCAAGCACAU